ACUUGACUGGUCAGAAUGGCUUUAUGGAGUGUGAACAGGUCUGUACUUGAGCAGAAAGAUGUGGGUGUGACGCUCAGGGAAAUAAUUAGCGCAGGCGUUCGAGCUUUCUCUUUCUUUACACAAGAACUUCAGCAUCAGCUCCAUCUGAUAGGAUUCAUCUGCCUUCAGCUCCGAAGACCGGCUGCUGAGAGUCCACAGGAGCAGAGCCCAGGGGUGUUGAGUCGCAUCGGGAGCUGGCUGUCGUGGGGUUGGGGCAGAGAUGACCCCAGCUCCCAAACACAGCAAGAGGAGGCUCCUGAGGAGGACCACGGAGAAACCAGUCAACCCGCUGGAGCAGACGAGACAGACAGGCCUGCACUAGGUGAGAGCGUUCCAGCAGAGACAAGCCCAUCCCUCGACCGGAAUGCCAAACAUCUGAGACUUGGCCGUGGAGGGGAGGACGGGACGGGCAGGAGGUCGAAAGGUCAGGUCAGGGAAACCAGUGGAACCUGCAUAAAAACCAAACGCAGUCAGUCGUUCGAGAGGAGUACGGCACCGGAACUCUUUGAUCAAAUGGGCCGGAAGAGAUCUGGCAGAAGGAGGCGGAGCUCUCACGGAGAUGAGGGCGGAGCUCAAACUAAAUCCCCAACCAAUCCCCAACCUGAAAGCCCUGCAACAACCAGUUUGACGAGCAGCCCGCGGUCAGCAUGUGCUGACUCAGCCUUUGAGGAGGCGGCAAACAGCCUUCAGGAAGCCUCCGGAGCUGAAGAGCCAAACUCAGGUAGACGUGAGGAUGUCGUCCGAGUGGAAUGUUUGGAAGCUAACCUGAGUGAAGAUUUGGUUGAGGUGGUUUAUUCAGAUAUGGACGAGGAACGGGUGGUGAGGCUGACAGAGAGCGCUGAAUCCAAACGCAGGAGCAUCAAAGUGUCUCACAGCGAGGUGGUCUUCGCGAAAAAGGUGGUGGUCGCCUCAGAGGACCAAAAUGAAGACCAAAAUGUGGCUUUUAAAGACACUACGGACACCAAACGGCCAAGAUCUGAUGAAACAUCAAGAUUUCCAGAAGACAGAGUAGACGGCACCAAUGUAAAGUCCAGUCAUCACAAGGCCAGAAUCGCAGACAAAAUCAGUCUGUUUGAGAGAGGAGCCUCCAGUGCAGUUAGUAGCUCCUCAAACCUGCGUCACCUGGAUAUUUCUCCAGCUCGAAAUGUGGCCAGUCGUUUCAGAGAUUUCACAGAACACGCCGGAACACGGUCCAGUUCUGCACCUCCAAACCAAUCGGUUAAAGAGAAGGCGAAGAAUUUCAGCGCGGGGAGGAGAGAGGAAGAGAAGCUGACGUUGCCGUCUGGUCGUAUGUUGAACGAAGGACAUUCAAAAACGACUGAAAUAUCAUGUUCUGGACGUUUUGAAAAAUCUACAGCCAAGACAGACACCAGUGGAGAGUCAAAGGUUAAAUCCAAACCUCAUUUAAAUAUAGAUCAACCUGACUCUAAAUCCUACAAUGAUAAACCUGCAUCGUCAAAGAGCACAAGUGACUCAAGUGUUGGGAAUAAAAAGACGGAUUCUCUCCCGAUAGUUUCAUCACCUACUGACAAGUCCCCGCAGGUGAAAUCGCCAAACCGGACAGGCACAAGAUCUAAAAAACGUAGAGACAAAGACCUACUCAGCCCCACCAAACAAGAAAUGGGUCAAGGUAAACAGGAGGUCAAGGACAACAAGGACAAACCUCUCGUAGAUGCAAGAGACGUUGUAGAGACCCCAGAGCAGAGCACUUCUGAUAAAGAAAGACCCAACAAAAAACCUACAGCCCCUCCCAAGUUGGAGAAAUCAGAAGAAAUUAUGCAAAGCACACAAAAAAAAUCUGACUCAAAGAAUGCUGACACAAAGGUUCCUUCAGAAGAGAAAAGCAAGGAUGUGAAAGAGAGUGAGAAUAGCGGUGACUUUGAAGCACAGAUAGUUGCCAUUGCUUCUGAUACAUAUCCUUCUACAUCCAGAAAGGACAGCUCAAAUAAAGAGAAGAUACGGACAGACAUUGACUCAAAAACGGAAGAGAAACAAAAAAACAGCAACAAAAAGCAGCACUCAGAAGGAGAGCAGGGAGACAAGCAGAGGAACAGAGUCUUGAUUGUAAACUCGUUGUUUGGAGAGUCAGGGAAACCAGAUCCAUCUGUGACAAAAGAAGAGAAACCACUGUCCCUAGAGGACCUGAAAGAGGCCAGAUCUAAAGACUCCUCUGAGCCAGCCAAUAGCAGCGCUGCAGCCUCCAGGAACAAUGCCAUGCGAAACAGUGGGAAUGAGACGGAUACACUGGUCUUACCUGAGAAACCAGUAAAUACCCCUGAAAAUAGCCCAAAAUCGGCACAAAGACUGUCCGAGAUGAACCGAAAAAGUCAGGAAAAAGACUGUUUGACCAGUCAGAGCCAGAAAAUUGACCUUGUUACAGAAAUAACUGAUCAACUGAAAACAACUGAGACACACAAAUAUAGUAAGGAAGUCAAAACAUCAAAGCCAACUGAGCUGAAAACAGAACGUAAAUCAAAACAAGCUAAAUCAAAGGACAUCACUGUUGUGAGACAGAAAGACAAAACAAUUAUGGCAACCAGUCAAGGUAAACAAACUCAGACUACUGAGAAAAACUCUUCUGCUGAAUUGUCCAAUCAGACUAAAGAAAACACCACUUCUACAAGCAAGACACCAGCAACACCAAACCCUGCACUGGUCAAAGACCAAAAUGAUAAAAUGGACACCAUAAUUUCACCUCAAAUUGCAUCUACAGAGGGAGGCAGUCCUAAUAGAGAUGGGCCACUCCAACAGAGCCAACCAGAGAGCAAAGAACAGCAGAAGACAGAGACAUUAUCUAGUAAAAGGGAUUUACACCAGCAACAACAAAAGCCUAGCACUGAAACUAAAAAGGGAGGCACCAAAGAAACCAAGAGUAAAAUCACUGUCACAGAAAUGACAUUCAUAGUGAAUGGCGAUAUUCACUCUGUAGAGACAGAAGAUACGUUUUCUGACAAACCUAAGCAGUCUGGAGAAGAAAUACUUGGAAAUACAUUACCUGAAAUACCAUCCAAUAAUGAAAGUCCGUCUCUGAGCUCAUUUACAUCUGAAGCCACUGCAGUGUCCACUGAGCAGCCUGACCAGGUCAGCAAAAACUUUACCGCUAAACCAGCCUCAACAGAUUAUACUCUAUCAAACUCAGCGAAUAAAAAAACAACUGAUGAAAAGACCACUCCUACAGUGGCCUCACCCAAUGAGAAAACCUCUACUUUACCAGCCUCAACUAAAGAAAAGACAACACCUCGACCAGCAACAACAACUGAGACCAUCUCUGCUUCAUUAGGCUCCAGUGAUGAUGAGAAAAAACCUCUGCCUGCCUCAACAAAUGAGGUCAUGUGCAGUUUACCAGCCUCAACUAAUGAAAAGAAAACACUUCCUUCAGACUCAGCUGAUGGAAAGACAUUGGAUGAAAGGGAUACAUUUCUACUAACAUCAACCAAUAAAAAGAUUGCACAUUCACCAGCCUCAUCCAAUAAAAAGAAGAAACCUCCACCAGCCUCAGCUAAUAAAACAAUCUCUGCCUUGCCUGGCUCAGCUAAUGAAAAGACCACACAUUCUGCAUCAUCAACUCUAGAGUCUACCUCCACUUCAUUAGGCUAUGACAAUGACAAGACCACACCUCCAUCAAACUUAACUAAUGAAAUAUCUACAAUUCCACCAACUUCAACUAAUGAAAAGACUACAUCUUCAUUAGACUUGGCUAGUAGAAAGACAAAUAAUGAAGAGACUAUGACUCCACAGGCCUCUACCAAUAAGACAACUAAUGACAAGACUACACCUUCAACAAAUGACAAGACUACACCUGCAAAAUCCCCAACUAAAGAAAAUGCUGUACCUCCACCAGCUUCAACCACUGAGACAAUCUCUGCUUCAUUAGGCUCCAGUGAUGAGAAGAACAAACCUCCACCAGCCUCAACCAAUCCAGCAGUCUCUAUUGAUAUCACUACUAAAAAUGAGAGGACCACGCCACUGCCAGCGUCAUCCUCCUUCCCAAUAACAUCUAUCAAUGGAGAGAAUAUAAUUCCAUUUCCUUUAUCUAAAGAAAAGACCAAAUCACCACCAGACUAUGACAGUGGAAAGACCACACCUUCUCCAGAAUCAGUUAAUGAAAAGCCUUCAGCUCUUGAAGUCUCAGCGAAACAAAAGAUCUCCUCCAGUAAAUCUACAGAUCCAUCCACAAGAAAAAAGGAAUUUGUCCUCAAACCCUUUCUCCUUCCACAAAUCCCCAAUGCACGAAGCAGCUCCUCCCAGAGCAGGGACUCUCCAUCUAGCUGGCUUGAUGUGGAUCACCAAUGUCCUAUAAGGAAGAAGCUGUUGAUUUCAGAACCUAAGCUAAGCUCCUCUGUAAGUGAGACCAACCUCCUGGACACAUCAGGAGAAUUUGACCCAGAUGACUUUGUUGCAAAUGUGAAAAGGCUAGCAAUGCCAUUCAAUCUUCCUCAACGCAAACACAACAAACAUCGCCUGCAAACACCUCCGUUUGCCAUGCCUGCCAUAAAAGAAGACCGCUUUGAGAAACCCUUUGAUCCGGAGGAGUUCCAGUAUGGCUUGAGGCGAAGAAAGGAAUUCAUUCUGGAUCUGGCAACCAGUUCGACAUCCAAGAGUCAAGCCCCGAUAGUCAAGGAGGUGGACACCAAACCUAAGCGAGAGAGCAUCCUCACAAGAUCCCUGAUCUUCCAGAGAGCAAGGAAGGAGUCUGAAAAAGAAGAAGGAGAAAAUAUUGAGGGAUCGUAUGAAAAUACAACAGAACCACUGAAGGCAAAGUCUCGUUUGGAGAGGUGCUCUAUUGUCAGCAUUCUACGCAGCCCCAACAAAGUGAGACGAAUGGAGUUUUUAAGCCCCACUGAGUGUCCUUCAGAUGGGCUGUUAUCACCCAGCGAUGGUUCUGGGUCUACAGCACCUCCACAAUCACAACUAGCACCUACUACAGAACCACCUAAACUGGUCCCAGUAGAGGAAACCCUUGCUAAGAAUGACAGCCGUGGUACCCAGUCUGGUUCUUAUGUUAUUCUAAAACCUAACAAGGACAUUGGGUCUGCCGUGACACCUGACCUCAAAACAACUUCAAGAGACCCCACGGUCACUCUUUCAAUAGACACUAAUGCUCCUUCUCCUCCAAGUGGUACCCCGAUUAGUUCCCAGGUUGUACCGAAACCUACGAAAGAUGAUGGACCUACCCUGGCACCUGACUCGAAAAUAAUUUCAACAGACCCUCCAGUCACCAUGAUAACAGACACUAAUGUUCCUCCACCUAGUUCUAUCCAGUCUUAUUCCCAGGAUGUUCAAAAACCUUCCAAGGAUGAUGGACUUGCCAUGACACCUGUCCUCAAAGCAACUUCAAUAGACCCCACAAUCCCUAUUUCAACAGACACAAACAUUACCUGUCCUCCCAGUGGUACCCGAACUAGUUCCCAGGUUGUACCGAAACCCACAAAAGAUGAUGGAACUACCCUGGCACGUGACAUGAGAACAAAUUCAGCAGACCCUCCAGUCACCAUGUUAACAGACAAUAAUAAUUUAAAACCUACCAAGGAUGAUGGACUUUCCAUGACAUCUAACCUCAAAACAGCUUCAGGAGACACCACAGACACUAUGUUAACAGACACUAAUGCUCCUUCUCCCAGUGGUGCCCAGACUAGUUCCCAGUUUGUAUCAAAGCCUGUGAAAGAUGAUGGACCUACACUGCAACCUGACUUGAAAGGGACUUCAUUAGACCCUCCAGUCACCAUGUUAACAGACAUUAAAGCUCCUCCAACAUCUAGUUAUACACAAUCUGAUUCACAGAAUGUUCUAAAACCCAUCAAUGAUGAUGUACCUGCUAUGGAACCUGACCUCAGAACAAUUUCAAGAGACCCCACAGUCAUGUUUACAGACACUAAUGCACAAGCACUUCUCUUUGGUACCCACACUGGUACUGAUGUUGUUCUGCAACCUGAUGGACUGACCCGGAAAACAACUCCAGUGGAGCCUACUGUCACUAAAGUAACAGAUGCCAAUGCUCCUCCACCACUUCCUUCCUUUGAUGACAUUAAGUUGCCUAAUGUCCUGGAGGAAUUUCUUCCAAAGAAACCUGAGAAUGCUCAGCCAUCAAAUAAGAUCAACCCACUGGUGGCUAGAGAAAGUGCUACCAUGCCUGUUCUAGUGGAUCUAAAUAAGGCUGUUGAUGUAGCUGAUGGGAAGGUCCCAGAAGAGACGAUUCCACUGGCACCUGUAGUUCCAGCGGCUCAAAUCCCUCAAGCUAAACCUCAAAGAGAACUACCAAAUAUUCCAGUUGCUCGUGGAAUCCACCGGCGACCUGGAAAGAUUGUGAUAUUUGAGCACCAUCACUUCAGUGGACAGUCCUUUGAGUUCUACAGGGAUCAACCUGAUGCCACACACAUGCAACUGUCUGGUGUCAUAUCAAUUAAAGUGGUCAGAGGAUGCUGGAUACUUUAUGAGAAACCAGGAUUUGAGGGACGAUGCAUCGCUCUGGAAGAGGAAAGAGUUAUAGAACUGCCCAAUCAAUGGGCAGAAGAGGGUGAAGAAGCAUCUGUGGUUAUUGGCUCAAUUCGACUGGCUGUCCGAGACUACACUCCUCCCCGGAUAGAGCUGUUCACCGAGCCCGCUGGCAGGGGCAGAAGCUCUGAGUAUGUGGAUUACACAGAGGAAGUGGGCAGUUUCAGCCAUCCUCAGAACACCGGUUCUAUUAAAGUCCACAGUGGUCUGUGGCUGGUUUACAGUGAUCCGGGUUUCCAGGGUCUGCUGGCGGUUCUGGAAGCCGGAGAGUAUCCGUUCCCGGAGGACUGGGGUUUCCCGUCGCCCGUGGUUGGCUCUCUGAGGCCUCUGCGUAUGGGCGCUCUGAAGGUGGAGAAGCCGAACGCAGUCAAGGCCGUGUUGUAUGAAAAGGCUGGUCUGGAGGGCCAAUGUGUGGAGGUUCAUGGAGACGUGACAGAGAACCACGGACUGGACGGAGUGCAAUCACUGAAGAUCCUCGGAGGCCUGUGGGUGGGAUACGAUGGCGAGGGCUUCGAGGGCCAGCAGUUCGUUCUGGAGGAAGGAGAAUAUCUGGAUUGGACAGACUGGGGCGGGACUGGGGAAAAGCUCCUCUCUCUGCGGCCCGUCCUCAUGGAUUUCUCCUCCCCUCAUAUGAAGAUGUUUAGUGAGCCGGACUUCUCAGAGCGCGGCGUCAGCCUCGACCUCCUGGAGCCGCUGGAAAACGCCCUGAACACACCCUACGGCCCACAGACGUGCUCCAUCGAGGUCCUGUCCGGAGUGUGGGUGGUGUUCGAGGAUCCCUGGUUCUCUGGUCAGCAGUAUGUUCUGGAGAAGGGUCUGUACGGAAGCCCGGAGGACUGGGGCGCAGCCCACAGCCGGAUCUCCUCCGUCAUCCCCGUCAUUCUGGAAAAUCUAGAAAACUCCUGCCACUUCCAGAUUGAGUUAUACUCUGAGUCUGGAUUUGGUGGGACGUCUGUCCUGCUGCAGGACUCGUUACCCACAAUGCCCUUUGGCUUCAGCGUGCGCUCCUGCAGGGUUCAUGCCGGAAGCUGGCUGGAGUUUAGCCGUGAGAGUUUCUCUGGUCAUCAGUGUGUUCUGGAGGAGGGUUUUUAUCCUGAUCUGUGGACGAUGGGUUUCACACAGCCGGACGUGUCAGUGCUGUCGCUCCAGCCCACUGGACACGAGCUCUCUGUGCCAGCGGCGGUGCUGUUUGAGCGCUCUGGACUCAGAGGAAGGAGGACGGUCCUGAAGUCAGGUUCAGUGAAUCUGCAGCUGACACACAGCUGCUCCAGAGUCUCGUCUGUGCUGGUGCAAGGCGGCAUCUGGGUUCUGUACGAGGAUCAUAACUUCAGAGGCUCUCAGAUCCUGCUGAAGCCCGGCGCCGUUACUGAUUGGCCUAAACUCUCCUCCUGGCUGCGAAUCGGAUCGCUCCGGCCGCUCAUACAGAAACAAGUGCAUUUCCGUCUGCGGAACAAAGAGGCGGGGCUACUGAUGUCCGUCAGCGGCUCAUUGGACGACAUCAAACUGAUGCGUAUCCAGGUGAGCGAGGAAACGGGCGGAGCUGACCAGAUCUGGACCUAUCAGGACGGUCUAUUACAGUGCAAGUGUGUGCUGGACGUGUGUGUGGACGUGAGUUCUGGUGUCCUGAUGUCCGGAAGCAGAGCCGUUCUCUCCGCUGAACUCGGAAAACAGCUCUGGAACGUCACGAGCGAUGGGAUCAUCCGGAGCGACGCCAGACCAGAGCUCGUGCUGGAGGUCAAAGGAGGUCAACAGUUCGACAAACGCCAGAUUAUUCUAAAUGAGUUCCACCCGGACAAACUGAACCAGCGCUGGUCUCUUGAGAUCCUCUGAGCUCUGCUGCGGAGCUGCGCCAGGGGGACCAGCGUCCUGUGAGGCAGCUGCACCAGAGGGACCAUCAACUGUGGAAAUCUUAUUCUCAUGAGACCCAGUGGAUUGAAUAUAACAAUAAUCCACUGGACAUCAUAUUAUUUUUCUUUUUUUUUCAAGAACUCUCAGAUUUGAGCACAUACUUGAACAAUAAUAACUAUUUUCUUUUGUAUAAAUUGCAUGAACGCAUGUGUUUGGACAUUGAUCUCAGCUGUAUUAAAACACAAGUCUGGUUUGUAAGUAAAUGUUUGUUGUGUUCUAAUCUCUGAGACGUGUGAUCAGCUCUGUGCUGAUUGGCUGUCAGGGGAUUCAGGUGUGUGUUCUGCAGGUAAAUGAGUAUGUGUCACACACACACACACACACACACACACAGAUAGCACAGUCCUCCAGCAGCUGUG